AUGAGUGUUUCAAAGUUCGCUUACGUAGUCAUAUUGAUUGUAUUAAUUAGUAUAAGCAAUAAUGGCGUGGAUGCAUUUCACAAAGUUUUCAAGAGAUUGCAAUCUCAAUCAACAUCAUUGGAGAAAGUGAGUCCUCUUCAGAGACCGGCUUAUCACUUUCAACCUCCCCACCAUUGGAUCAACGAUCCUAAUGCCCCAAUGAUCUACAAGGGAAUCUACCAUUUCUUCUACCAAUACAAUCCAAAAGGUGCGGUUUGGGGUAACAUUGUGUGGGCGCACUCGGUUUCUAAGGACUUGAUCAAUUGGGAAGCCCUUGAACCAGCCAUCUACCCAUCCAAAUGGUUCGACAUCAACGGUACAUGGUCCGGUUCAGCUACCCAUGUACCGGAAGGACCGGUUAUCCUCUACACCGGUCUCACCAAGAACCAGACUCAGAUUCAAAACUAUGCCAUUCCCCAAGACCAUUCUGACCCAUACCUCAAGAAAUGGAUUAAACCGGACGAUAACCCAAUCCUAAAGCCCGACCAUGGCGAGAACGCAUCCGAUUUCCGUGACCCGACCACGGCUUGGUUCAACAAAAAAGAUGGGUAUUGGAGAAUGCUUGUUGGGUCAAGGAAUAAUCAUAGAGGAAUCGCUUAUAUGUACAAAAGUCGCGACUUCAAGAAAUGGGUCAUAACCAAACGUCCGAUCCACUCAAGCAAUAUGACCGGUAUGUGGGAAUGUCCCGAUUUCUUCCCGGUAUCUUUAACCGACAAGAAAAACGGUCUGGACUUCAGCUACGACGGUCCAAACAUCAAGCAUGUGCUGAAAGUUAGUUUGGACUUGGCCCGAUACGACUACUACACUCUUGGUAAGUAUGAUACCAAGAUAGAUCAUUACAUACCAGACGGUAACACUCCUGACGGUUGGGAUGGUUUGAGAUUUGAUUAUGGUAACUUCUAUGCGUCGAAGACAUUCUUUGAUGACAAGAAGAAGAGAAGGAUUCUUUGGGGUUGGGCCAAUGAAUCCGACACCGUUGCAGAUGAUACCUUGAAGGGUUGGGCAGGAGUUCAGCUUAUCCCAAGAACAGUCUUGCUCGACUCUAGCGGUAAGCAACUAGUGUUUUGGCCUAUUGAGGAGAUUGAGUCAUUGAGAGGAAAGAAUGUCCAAAUGAACAACCAGAAUAUGGAGAAGGGCCAACGCUUUGAGGUCCAAGGAAUCACUCCUGCUCAGGUCGAUGUGGAUGUGACAUUGAACGUUGGAAGUCUAGAAAAGGCCGAAAAGUUUGUCGCAAGCUUCACAACCAAACCACUAGAGUUGUGUAACAUAAAGGGUUCAAAUGUGACAGGCGGAGUCGGACCUUUUGGUCUGAUCACGUUGGCUACAUCUGACCUAGUAGAAUACACUCCUGUUUUCUUCAGAGUCUUCAAAGAUGCCUCAACCAACAAGCCUAAGGUCCUCAUGUGCUCUGACGCCAAACCCUCGACUCUCAAAACAGACACCAGCGCUGACGCCAAACAGAGGAUGUACAAACCAUCGUUUGCUGGAUUUGUGGAUGUCGAUCUCGCUGAUGGAAAGAUCUCUCUAAGGAGUUUGAUUGAUCACUCGGUGGUGGAGAGCUUUGGGGCAAAAGGAAAGACAGUGAUAACAUCACGAGUGUGUCCGACAAAGGCAGUAAGAGAAAAAGCUCAUUUGUUCGUAUUUAACAACGGAUCACAACCAGUGACCGUAGAGAGCCUCAAUGCAUGGAACAUGAAUAAGCCUAUGAAGAUGAACCAAUGAGCUAAAUAACCACCUCAGAUUUUUGUUUUUCGUUAAUAAAUUUCAUUCAUUCUGUUAGAUACUGUAGACAAGAAACUUGUUGUACAUAGAUCCCCGCUUAGAUAGGCUAGAAAUCUCAAUUAAAUCACACUUCUAGAAGUGCAUUCUUACUUGCAGUUGCACAAAAAAGCUUUAUGGAACAUAAUGUAAUCAUAGUUAUCUAAUAGAGCGAGAUGAAAGCUAAACCUGAUUAAUGUUCAGAUUAUCAUACAAAUACAUUCUAGGUUUUCAAAUUUUAAUUUCCAAGAUCAAAAUCACCAAGACAUGCUCAACUUACAUUGUUAAACAAUAUAACAAGAUAGAUUCUCUUAAUCAAGCCAAGUAGCCAAUGCAUAUGUAGAUAAUACAGAGACAAACAAUUGAAAACACAGUAAAACUACAAAUUCAAAAGUUCAAAACGGAUAGAGAGUAAUCUGGAAUUAAGCAUUAAUAUCUCAUAACCGAUUCAGAGUAGAUAGAAAACCAAAUCCUUAUACUGAUAUUAUCUUUUAACAUCACCGAAACAAAAAGAAAA